AUGCUUUACACUGUAAUCAACCUCCUAGCGCAGAUCUACUGUAAUGGACCAAUCUUACAAACAGUUCAAGAUUCGCACAUGUUUCCGGAUUCGAAACAUUUUGUCGACAUGUCUUUGAAAUAUGACCCAAUUACGACAUUACGACAUUUCGACGAACUGGGAGACAGAACAUCCGAUAUGAUUAUUCUCCGAGAAUUUGUAACAUCUCAUUUCAAUCCGCCCGGAAGUGAACUGGUUGAAUGGUUCCCACCAGAUUGGGUGGAUUUCCCUUCGAAUUUCUUGAACAUUCAUGAUUAUCAUCAUCGGAGAUGGGCAUUGCAUUUACAUCGGAUUUGGAAAGAUCUAUGCAGAAAAGUGCGAGAUGAUGUGAAACAUCGCCAGGAUCACUACUCACUACUCUAUGUGCCACAUCCCUUUAUCAUUCCUGGAGGUAGAUUUUUAGAGUUUUAUUACUGGGAUACAUUCUGGAUAUUGAAAGGGCUUCUUUUCUCGGAGAUGUACGAAACUGCCCGCGGAGUUAUCAAAAAUCUAGGAUACAUGGUUGAUAAUCAUGGUUUCGUGCCGAAUGGUGGUCGUGUCUAUUACCUCACUCGCUCUCAGCCACCACUUCUCACUCCAAUGGUUUACGAAUACUACAUGAGCACAGGAGAUCUCGAUUUCGUUAUGGAAAUCCUUCCAACGCUAGAUAAGGAAUACGAAUUUUGGAUUAAAAACCGCCAAGAAUGGUUCACAGACAAGGAAGGCAACAAACAAUUCCCUUACUAUCAAUACAAAGCGAAACUGAAAGUUCCAAGACCAGAAUCGUAUCGAGAAGACUCUGAGCUGGCAGAACACUUGCAGUCAGAAGCCGAAAAAAUUCGGAUGUGGAGUGAAAUCGCUUCAGCUGCAGAGACUGGUUGGGAUUUCUCCACUCGCUGGUUUUCUCAAAAUGGAGAUACCAUGCAUCGGAUGGAUUCAAUCAGGACAUGGAGUAUCGUCCCAGCUGAUUUGAAUGCCUUCAUGUGUGCCAAUGCUCGAAUCCUUGCCAGUCUCUAUGAAAUCGCUGGUAAUUUCAAAAAGGUGAAAGUGUUCGAACAGCGAUACACUUGGGCAAAGAAAGAAAUGCGAGAGUUGCAUUGGAAUGAAACAGAUGGAAUUUGGUACGAUUAUGAUAUUGAGUUAAAGACUCAUUCUAAUCAAUACUACGUCUCGAAUGCAGUUCCACUCUAUGCCAAGUGCUAUGAUGAAGACGAUGAGAUCCCACACCGAGUUCAUGAUUACUUGGAGCGUCAAGGUGUAUUGAAAUUCAAAAAAGGUCUUCCAACAUCUCUUGCAAUGGGAAGUUCCCAGCAAUGGGAUAAAGAAAACGCAUGGCCACCUAUGAUCCAUAUGGUAAUCGAAGGUUUCCGAACAACUGGAGAUCUGAAACUGAUGAAAGUUGCCGAGAAAAUGGCUACAUCAUGGCUAACAGGAACAUAUCAGUCAUUUAUUCGAACUCAUGCCAUGUUUGAAAAAUAUAAUGUUACUCCACAUACUGAAGAGACGUCUGGAGGAGGUGGAGGAGAGUAUGAAGUCCAGACCGGUUUCGGAUGGACCAAUGGUGUUAUUUUGGAUCUUCUGGAUAAAUAUGGAGAUCAAUUUGCUUCCAGUUCUACUAAAACCACAUUUGCUUCGGCGAAUAUCAUUUUCCUAGUCAUCAUUUUGUAUAUUUUGUCCUAG